CGAGCCUUCGGAAAAAGUUGCUCGAAGGUCGAAGGCGCAAAGAAAAGGUCAGAACUUGAAAAUGCUAAGCUAAAAUCCACUGUUAGUUGAAGUCACUCACGGAUUGGGUUCUUCUCAAUAUUCCGGUAGAGUUGCUUCGCAUCUUUCUCUUCAGAAUCUGCUGCUACUCUGCAGACAUUUCACCUCAGAAAUCUCAGAAACCCAUCACGAUUUCAAAGUGAAUUACCUCAUAAAUUCAUGUGGGGUGUCAUCGGAAGAUGCAAUUCCGGCGUCCAAGAGGGUCGAGUUGCGCUCCCCAGAUAGAGCUGACUCCGUUUUGGCCAUUCUCAGAAACCAUGGACUCUCACAAACCCAGAUAUCGAAGAUCGUCAGGAAUCACUCAGAAGUUCUUCAGUUCGAUCCGGAUAAAACCCUUUUGCCAAAGCUUGAAUUUUUCAGAUCUCUUGGGGUUUGAAGGGAGGAACUUGCAUCAGUUCCGGCAUAUCGUCCGCAGCUUUUGACCAGAAACUUGGAGAACCGGAUUGUUCCCUCUUAUGAUUUCCUUAGGAGUCUGCUUUCUCAGAAAAAUGUUGUUUCUAUUUUGAAGCAGGGGUCGUGGAUUUUCGUGGAAGGCCAUUCCAAGAAGCUGGCGCCAAAUAUUGAGGUUUUGAGAGAAUCAGGAAUGCCCCAAUCACGCAUUUAUAUGUUGCUUGCUCAUCACCCCUUCGUUUUUAUGCGAAAGCCUAAAGAGCUUGGUCAACUCGUGGAUGAGGUUAAGCAAAUGGGUUUUAAUCUGAACAAAACCAAAUUCUCUGUUGGCAUUAGGAGCAUUGUGUUGUAAGUCAACAUGUAUUCGAAGUCGGGAAGUGUAUAGGAGGUGGGGAUAGUCUGAGGAUGAUGUUCUCUCUGCUCUCAGGAGGUACCCGCUGUGUAUGAUUGUGUCGGAGAAGAAAAUAAUGCUAGCAAUGGAACUUUUAGUGAAAAAAAUGGGAUGGCCAUCGAGAAUGGUUGCCAAAACCCCAGCGGUCAUGUGUUACAGUAUGGAGAAGAGAUUUAUCCCCCGCUGUUCUGUUGUUAAAGUUUUGAUGCUGAAAGGAUUGAUGGAGAUUGAAAACGUGCGUUUGGGUUCUGUAUUAGUGCCGUUGGAAAAGUGGUUCUUGGAGAUGUUUGUGGGGAGAUAUAUAAAUGAAGUACCUCAAUUAUUGAGUUGUAUCAAGGAAAGGUUGAAGUCCAGGAUGUAUGAUGUUUGUAGGUUAAAAGAGGAUAGAUAUUGCAACAAUUUUAGAUGCAUUGAUGCAGAUUUAGCACUGCUCAUUGUCAUUGGUAGCAGCUAUAUAAAUGAGUUGCCUGCAUCAUUGAGUGCGUAUCAAGGAACAGUUGAAGCCAGGAUAUACAGCCUUGAUACGUUGAAGCGAGUGAUAUUACUGCAGAUAGUUUUAGCAUCCUGUAUCCCAGAAAGUUUAUCCUUAAAUUAUGCACCUAUAUUGAUUUUAUGAGGGUUCAAUCUUGGCCAUUUUUGAAGUUCCAAGAGUCAACGCCUGUCAGUCCAUCCUCGAUUCUCUUCUCUGUUAGUCUGUUUGGGUGACCAUAGUUGAUUUAUUGGAUCUGCUUCAGUGGCCAUGGUCUAUUUUUAGGAAACUCAAUCAACAUAGCAUCAUCCCCGGCAAGGAUGGCUGUCUGAUUAUUUUCUCUUGCUUUAUCAUUUUUGCUGAGAUGAGGAACAAAAUACAUGCAGUGUCUGUGAUCUGGUAAGUUUGUUAUCAUUGGGAAUGAAUCUAUUUAGAAAGCCUCCGAAGACUUGUUGAUCUCAAAAGAGAGGUAAUGGAUGAAUUUUCCUUUAUCCAAUGAAUAUGUCUGAAUACGAUUUUACUGAUGUUAGUUAUUGCAGGCUUAUGAGAUUCUAAACUUGUAUAGUCGUAUUGCAAAGAAAAUGCAGAAAUUGAAUAUUUUCCGAGGAGUAGAGUGUGUUACUUUAGCUUUGCUUUAGUUUGUUUCCUUCGAGAUGGAGGAGUGGACGCUCGGAGGAGCCUGUUCAACCUGGCACAAACUCACAGGUAAUAGAGAUUCAAAUAUACAUAUGAAUAUGCACAUGUUUAUAUUGACGAAUACGUACGUCAUGAAUAUGUGUUUAUUUCUGAGCUUUGGCGAUCUAAACUAAUCGAAAUAUAUGUGAUGAACUGUAUUCUGGAAUCAUGUUCGUCAAAUAUUGGUGUAAUUGCUAAUCUUGCAGGCACAGAGCGCUGGUCAUGGGCCAGAGAAGAAACAAUUCUAAUCAUUCGCGAUGAAGGAAGGAGCAAGAACCAGGGGAAGGACACGGAAAAGAGAGAGAACACACCAGCAAGAAGUUCUUUCCUUCUCAUACCACUCCUCUUUCAUCAUCCAUUUACUUUGAUUGUAAAGCUCUAGCCAUCUUCAUUGUAUUCUGUAAAUCUCUCGUACAUUGUGAAAUACAAAUACAUAGCCACUCUAAUGAA